AGGAAGGGAUGGCCUCCACUUCACUCACGCUCCACAUUUCGCCCCUCACUGCGGCGGCCGGCGGCUGCUUCCACUCCACUCCCCGCAUGGGCUCUGAGGAAGGCGGGAUGCUUCUGGCGGCGCCGUCGCUGGACGACAUGGACGACAACAUCCUCGCCAACAUCCUUCUCCGCCUGCCCCCGCAGCCGUCCUCCCUCCCGCGCGCCUCCGCCGUUUGCAAGCGCUGGCACGGCCUCGCCUGCGACCCCGGCUUCUGCCGCCGCUUCCGCCGCCACCACCGCCGGAGCCCUCCACUCCUCGGUUUCUUCAACCCAGAAGAAUUCCUCACCUUCGUGCCCACUCUCGAUGCCCCGAAUCGUGUCGUACCCGGUCGCUUCUCCUUGCUGUACGAAUACAGCUACCGCUACGAGGCCUGUGGAUCUCGCCAUGGUCUCGUAUUCAUCUUCGACGAUGAGUAUCGCCAUAUCUUGGUGUGGGACCCUGUCACCGGUAAGCAGGACCGCCUUGACAUACCCCUGGAAUUCAAAGAUGAUAUCACCGUAAAGGGGACGGUGCUUCGCGAUGCCGGAGACGUCCACUUCCGGGUGGUCUUGGUAGUGGGGGACACCGAAGGCAUACAACAGAGACAAUCGCUCGCCCGUGUUUACUCCGCAGAGACCAACUCAUGGGGUGAUCUCAUCUCACUGCCGCUUCCUCCCGAGGCUUAUGCGAAGAGAUUUCCUAUGGUUAUUCUGGACAAUCCUGCUGUGUUGGUUGGGGAUUCCCUUUACUGGCAGCUUGCUGGAUGUUUAAGUGGAAUUCUAGAGUUUAAUUUGGAGAGGCGGCGCCUAGCUGUGAUACGGGUGCCGGUGCAUGUUAAUCGCCUCUGGUUUUCAAUUAUGCGGGAAGAGGGUGGUGGGCUAGGUUUGGUCUCCGUGUCAGGCUUCACUGCCCGAUUAUGGAAGCGGAAGACCGAUAGUGAUGGCGUUGCAUCGUGGGUGUUGAGAAGAACUAUUGAACUGGACAAGCUACUUUCCCUGGAUAAGAAAGAGCAUGAUCACAUUUUGAUGCGAGGUUAUGCUGAGGAGAAUAAUGUGGUGUUUCUCAGCACAGCUAUUGGGCUCUUCAUGGUCCAGCUUCAGUCAUUGCAGUUCACAUUCAUGAAACAUACCAAAACCACCAAUAUUGCUUCCAACCAUCCGUUCGAAAGUGUCUAUACUGCAGAAACACGCAGGAAUGGACCUGAAGAGUUUGACCUUUCAGAACAAUACAUAGGAUGGCCCGAAUAGAUAUGCUAUUAUUAUGUAUUGGUCGAGCAGGUACCUAGAGCUACAUGCUGGUGACUGAGAUGCAGAAAUGGGUUGUUUGGUGAAGUUUCUUCCUUUUCGUAUGCUUGACGAGGAGGGUGUUCCUCUAUGUAGCAUCCAUGGUUCAGUUGUGAAGAGGACUUGUAGGAAUUAAUCUGUUAAUUUUGCUCCUAUUAUCUAAUUUAUGUAGCCAUUUAUUAACUGGCGUGAUGGUUGAAGGCACUUUGGCUUUCUUAGUUUAAUUAGUAAUUUA